UGUGAGGAGAACAUUUGAGGCUCUGCAGUAAAAACGUCUUCACUUCAGUCUCUGGGAGAGUUGAUCAGCUAAAGCGACUAACUGCUGCUGCUGCAGAAAUCUUCUCACCAGGCUGUGGAAACUUUCUUCUCCUCCUCAACAACUUGGUGGAGUUCUUUCCAGAAGCAGAGAAGAUAUUCUGCGGUCUUCGUGACAAUCGGAGCUCCAGGAUCAGGUUGUGGCUGUUAGCUAAACACGGCUAAAGAAAACCUGCUACCACUUCAGGAUCAUCCAUCAGCUGGGACGGAUUCAUCGUGUGUUCUUCACCACCUGGACCUGGACAGCAUGGACACAGAUGUUCCACAGCUGGUGCUGGUUAAAGAAGAAGCUCCUGAAGAACAGAGUGCUGGUGUGGACCAGCAGGACCCAGAACACCUCCACAUAAAGGAGGAACAGGAGGAGCUCUGGACCAGUCUGGAGGGAGAGCAUCUCUGUUUGAAGGAGGAGACUGAAGCUGUCGGGUCUCCUGUUACUGCUGUUUCUAUAAAGAGUGAGGAUGAUGAAGAGAAACCUCUGGUCUCACAGCUUCAUCAGCAGCAAAUAGAAGACAGAGAUGCUCCAACCAGCAGCUCAGCUGACCAGAUGGCGGCAGAAACUGGUGGAGGAGCAGGAACUAGCAGGAACCCAGAUCUGAACCCUCAUGAACAAACAUCUGAUUCUUCAGAGACUGAAGUUAGUGGAGAUGAAGAGGAUGAUGAUGAUGGUGUGAAUCUGGACUCUGAGCUGUCAGACUCUGGGUCUGAAACUGGAGAUGAAGAUGAUGACUGGAAUGAGAGCAGGUCUUCUGAGUCAGAUGUUUCAAGGAAGAGAGAAGAGACGGAUGAGAAACCUCUGCUCUUACAUUUCCACAACCAUCAAAUGAAAGACGGAGGUGUCCCAACCAGCAGCUUGGCUGGGCAGAUGACAGCAAAAGUUGGUGGAGGAGCAGAAACUAUCAAGAACCUAGAUCUGGACCCUAAUGAAAAGACAUCCGAUUCUUCAGAGAUUGAAGUUAGUGGAGAAGAUGAAGAUGAUUUGAAUCUAGACUCUGAGCGUUCAGACUCUGGGCCUGAAACUGGAAACGGAGACCAUGGCUGUAAUGAGAACAAGUCUUCGGAGUCAGAUAUUAGGACAGUCAACAAAUCAUUUAGCUGCCCUGUGUGUGGUAUACGGUUCCUCCACCAGUGGUCUCUUCAGGAACAUGUGAGAGUGACAAGUCAUUCAGCAGUAAAGUCGUCAGAGUGUUUGGUUAAUACAAAAUGUGUGAAAGAGAAGCAACAUGGAGGCUCAUGUAGAAAAGUCCAGAAAGAACCAAAAUCAUUUAGUUGUGAUGAAUGUGGGAAAAGAUUUAGCCAAAAGUCCAGUUUAACCCGUCAUAUGAAAGGCCACACCGGGGAGAAGCCUUUUGCCUGUGAGCUCUGUGUGAAAAGGUUUAGCCAAAAAACUAGUUUAAACACACACAUGAGAGUCCAUACAGGAGAGAAGCCUUUUGCCUGUGAGCUCUGUGGAUACAGAUGUACCCAAAAGGCAAAUUUAAAUGAUCACAUGAGAGUCCACACAGGAGAGAAGCCUUUUGCCUGUGAGCUCUGUGGAUACAGAUCUACCCAUAAGGAAAAUUUAAACAGACACAUGAAAGUCCACACAGGAGAGAAGCCUUUAGCCUGUGAGCUCUGUGGGAAAAGGUUUAGCCAAAUAACUGGUUUAAACACACACAUGAGAGUCCACACCGGGGAGAAGCCUUUUGCCUGUGAGCUCUGUGGAUACAGAUGUACCCAAAAGGCACAUUUAAAUGAUCACAUGAAAGUCCACACAGGAGAGAAGCCUUUUGCCUGUGAGCUCUGUGGGAAAAGGUUUAGCCAAAAAACUAGUUUAAACACACACAUGAGAGUCCACACCGGGGAGAAGCCUUUUGCCUGUGAGCUCUGCGGAUACAGAUGCACCCAUAAGGCAAAUUUAAAUGAUCACAUGAGAGUCCACACAGGAGAUAAGCCUUUUGCCUGUGAGCUCUGUGGAUACAGAUACACCCAAAAGUCAAGUUUAAACACACACAUGAGAGUCCACACAGGAGAGAAGCCUUUUGCCUGUGAGCUCUGUGGAUACAGAUGUACCCAUAAGGCACAUUUAAACACACACAUGAGAGUCCACACAGGAGAGAAGCCUUUUGUUUGUGAGCUCUGUGGAUACAGAUGUACCCAUAAGGCAAAUUUAAAUGAUCACAUGAAAGUCCACACAGGAGAAAAGCCUUUUGCCUGUGAGCUCUGUGGAUACAGAUUUAGCAGAAAGACAAAUUUAAAGAGACAUACAAGCAUCCACAAAAUGCUCGAGGGAUUUAUUUAACAACAGUACUUCCAAAUGUACUAUUUAGUUUUUUGUACAACCUUAACAUUAGUCUUGUACCUCUUGCUCAACUAUCGUUGAUCCGAGUCCGUACUUGGCCCUUGAGCCACCUCUUCUUUUGAUUUUCAUUUUCAAAUCUCCUUUGUUUUUUAAACUCAGCCUUAACCAAAAAUUUGAGAUGUUCAUUCAUGAAUUCUGAAUACAAAAAAUAUUACUUAAAGGGGCAUUAUGGAAGUUUGACAGCCAAAACAUGUAUAGAAAUAAUAAAUGUCUUUUUCAUACAUUCUCCCGCGAUGCCCUGGUCCUGUAGAAUGAGCCCUGGCAUUUUUACUGUGAUUGCCUAUUCUUCUGUAAAAUCACAGAAAAAGAUAGCUGCUCGGGUCAAGCAGGCUGCUUCAUGCGCGUUCACGCUCAGGCAUAGCCCUCCGAACAGUUCUUUGAACGUUAUUUCAGUUGUCAACAAGCAUAUAAAUGUUACAGAUACAAAUGACGUCACUGGCGCUAAAGCACGCCUGGUAAGACGUCGGACUUUCGUGCUGAAGACCCGGGUUCGGUUCUGUGAACAUAGGUUAUUUAGAGUUUCUUUUUUACAUUAAUGGUAUAUUUUUUUACAGUAAGAUGCCCAAAUUUUUAUUUGAGACUCGCCGAACGGCAUUGAAUUCACAGAUAAAAAAGAAGUGGGUUCAACUUUCAUUUUGAACAAUUUUUCAAGAGCAUACAGGAGGACUCACCCAUCUUAAACCUUUGUCGGCUGUGCUGAAGAGGAAGGUACAGAACCAAAUUAUUUAAUGAAUUAGCUGCGCAUUCUCCUGACCUCUGUCCUCCAGGCCACACACACACACAAGGGACUGUCUCAGCUGUUAUUUUCAUUCAGGAGUGUGCACGUACAUCAUGCGCGCCUCGUGCACGAGCCUACUAUUGAAGCUGCCGUUACGCUUUUGGCCUUAGGGGGCAAUUGCGAGCAUAAAAAUUCAAAACUCCCUUAAGUCCCUUUAAAGAUUAAGAAAAAACUGUUAUACCCUCCUGUAUUUAAGAAACAGACUAGAUAACAGGUACAUGAUGGUUGUAGUACGUAACCCACUGCAAUUUAAAGCUGUUAGAUACCAGUGGCGUCUGCUUUAAACAAUUUAUAUGUAUAUAAAAUAAUAGCAUACAAUGUUGUAGUAACUGCAGCUUAAAAAGAAUGUGUCUUUAUUCAUGUGGAUCCCCUAAGAAGAAAUCCCACAGUGGGAGCUGAAGGCUGUGUUUGCGUACGUGAUGUGUUACAUCCUGUUUUCAGCCAAGUUUGAGAUCAUUUCCAGUAAGAGAGCUGACCAGAGUGAUGAGAUGCACGUGUGCGCCUCGUGGUCCAGCCAAAAGUAUUAGAUGUUUCCAGUAAAAGGACGUGUUUAUCUGACUUUCAAUUUUUUUUAAUCUUUCAAUUAACUCCAAAGAAAUUCCAUCACAGUGGAAGUCAGCAUAUGUUUUACCAUUAUUAAAAGGAGGAGAUCCAGCAGUUUUGACAAAUUAUAGGCCAAUAUCAAAUUUAAGCGUGCUUUCCAAGAUAAUGGAGUCACUUGUCAGUGUUCAGCUAAAAGAGUUUUUGUCUAUUAAUGACAUCCUCUCGAAAUGUCAAUCGGGUUUUAGAAAAGGGUACGGCACUACUACAGCUGUUAUGAAGGUGGUAAAUGAUAUUAUAGUAGCACUUGAUAGGAAACAGUUUUGUGCCUCACUGUUCAUAGACCUGUCUAAAGCUUUUGAUACCGUUGACCAUGCUAUUUUAAUAAACAGAUUACUAAGC